AUGUUGCGAUUAUUGAUUUCCGUGCUAAUUGUCGCGAUUUCGCGCGCCGAACUCGACUGUGACGCGAUCGAUAAAGCAUUUCGUGUUGCUACCGAUACCAAUGAGACGGAAGCUUGUAAAUGUUUCCACAAAGGAUUUGAUGCCACCAUUGAUGGAAUAACAAUUGGGUUUAUGCUCCGGCCAAACGCUCCCUCAUAUUUCGAAGGCAUUACAUUCGGUGAACGAAUCAUUCCCGGAGAAGGUCAGCAUUUGGGAUUGUCAUAUCACAAUCAUCCCAUCGGAUAUGUUCGACCAGAGCUUCGGGAACUGUCCAUCAACGACAAUGACAUCACCACCAUCCAAGACGGCACUUUUGCCAAGUUAACGUCCUUGAAGAAGCUCAGUUUAAGUGGCAAUCAGAUCAGCGUCAUUACAAGGAACAUGUUCAAAGGUUUGGACUCGUUGGAAGUGUUGAAUCUACAGAAUAAUCAAAUCACAAGCAUUGAUUGGUCAGCAUUUGCCAACCUGAAACAGCUCAGAACUCUUGAUUUGGGCACCAAUCAUUUCACCAAUGUUGAACUGCGUGGUUUGGAGAAUCUUCAGAAACUAUUCCUCAACAACAACAGCAUCAAUUCUCUGAAAAGAGUCAGUCUACGGGACCUUCCAUCAUUGAUACUUUUGUCAUUGGAUCGAAAUUCGAUCUCGGAAAUCGCUGACGGAGAUUUAUCAGGACUGGCCAGGAGCACACGACUCGAAAGCCUCACCAUAGCCGCUAACAACAUCAGCCAGGUCAAACCAAAAUAUCUGUCGAUUGAGCGAAGUUUCCUGGCAUUACUUCGUGAGAACGCGCUCGGCACCAUCGGUCCACGACUACACGGUCUUUAUUUGCGAAACAACCACCUCAAAGGUGUGAACCGAUCGAUGCUCCAGGGUUUGACCAGUCUUCGUGAAUUGGAUCUGUCAGGAAAUCGAAUCAGCUCGUUGGUCACUGGCGUUUUCGAUUUGACGCCAGAGCUUCGGGAACUGUCCAUCAACGACAAUGACAUCACCACCAUCCAAGACGGCACUUUUGCCAAGUUAACGUCCUUGAAGAAGCUCAGUUUAAGUGGCAAUCAGAUCAGCGUCAUUACAAGGAACAUGUUCAAAGGUUUGGACUCGUUGGAAGUGUUGAAUCUACAGAAUAAUCAAAUCACAAGCAUUGAUUGGUCAGCAUUUGCCAACCUGAAACAGCUCAGAACUCUUGAUUUGGGCACCAAUCAUUUCACCAAUGUUGAACUGCGUGGUUUGGAGAAUCUUCAGAAACUAUUCCUCAACAACAACAGCAUCAAUUCUCUGAAAAGAGACCUUCCAUCAUUGAUACUUUUGUCAUUGGAUCGAAAUUCGAUCUCGGAAAUCGCUGACGGAGAUUUAUCAGGACUGGCCAGGAGCACACGACUCGAAAGCCUCACCAUAGCCGCUAACAACAUCAGCCAGAUUUCACAACGAGCAUUCUCUCCGGUCCAACACCUCAACGUCUUGGCAAUGCAAAAUAAUCAACUGACCACUCUUACAAAAGGUGGACAGUCCUACUUGCAACCUCUUCGACGCUUGACAACACUACUCGUAUCGGGUAAUCAGCUUCGUGCCAUUGGUGAACACGAUCUGCCACGAACUCUGCUGGUCCUUGCCGCUGACCACAAUCUCAUUGAAAAGAUCGACGUCAAAGCAUUCGAUGGCAUGACUCUUCACAAGCUGUUCAUCAACAACAACAAGCUGCCAUUCCUGCAUCGUCACACCUUCGAUUCCAUUUCAUUCGACACCUUGGAGGCGAUUGAUAUCACUUGUGAGUUAUCACGCCGUGAUAAGAAAGGCAGAGCAGUUGCUGGGCAGGAGGCGUCAUCAGUAGGCACGAUAUGCGGAUCAAGGCCGGUUGAGGCUAAACCGACCACGCAACUCUACGUGGUUGAGCUCACAUGGGUGGUCCUGAUGCGACCGUUGGUGCGUCGAACCGAUUCGGAUCUGCACAAGCUGAUCGCCGAUGUCGAUCCUCUGAUUGCACGCGACCUUGGUCCACCAAGAAAGCUACCGCUAAACGGUGACAAGAAACGCGUUCGUUUCGAGGACAACUGA